CCGAUUUGACGUUUUAUGUUUAUAUGUUCGAGGGAAAGGGCAAAUCUGAGUAAUUUCAUAAAUUUUGUUUUAUAUUAAUUUUCUAGUUAAACGUAAAAAUUCUAAACUUUAAUCAUAAAAUGCCGUCGAUGAAAGUGGAAGGUGAUAGCGAUGGGGAUGGCGACAUGUCCGGGGGCGAUACUGAGAGAUCCGGGGGCUCCUCCAGGGGACCUGACCGUGACUCCAGCGCUGAAGAAGCCGACGAACCAGACUCCGAUGACUCCUCGGAGAUGGAUGAAAGUGAAUGUGAACGACGAAGGAACGAGUGUUUGGACCAUUUAGCGAACCUAGAGCGUCAGUUCACAGUCCUCCGGGAACAGCUGUACAAUGAGAGGAUGAAACAUGUGGAAUACCAGCUGUCUGAAGUGAGAGGUGGGAGAUCCCAGGAGUAUCUAGGGCCUCUGCACCGUCUGCAGGAGAAUAUGAGAGUUAGGAUUGAGGUAGCGGGCAUCCUGAAGCAGAUGCGGAUAGAGAACAUCAAACACAAGUACGAGGCUGAGGAGCAGGCUGCGCAUCAGAAUUUUAGGAGCGAGAAAUGGCUGUCAUACGAAUCCCUAAAAGAAGAGAUCCUGGAGAAAAUAAGAAAAAUAGAAGAAGAAAGACACACAGUAGACCUGUGGCCGUGCAACGAGGUGUGGGGCAGAAAGAGAAGACGUAGACAGGUGGCGGUGUCACCACCUUACGUGGUGUACAUGCUCCCCGACUCUGACAUCAUGGAAGACUGGCGGCUGGUGAGGAAGCUGUUGGAAAGAGGCGACUGAUUCUGUAGGGUAGGGUUAUAUGUAAAUUAUUGAGUCAUUAUAGCAGUUUAAACUAUCGUGAGUGAUUUCCAUUAUAAAAUAUAUAGAUGCUCCCGGCUAUCAGGCGCGGAUCCAGACCUCAAAAAAGGCUGGGGCACAACCAACCGAAAAAAUCGGCAAAGUGCGAGUCGGAGCAUGAAUUCGCUCAUAAUCGACAUAGUGCGUUCAUAAAGAACAUGACACCCUGACCAAGAUUUUGUACAGUGUAUAACGUGGGCAUAGCCGUGGAACCACAGAAUUAGAAAUACUGGAACACUAGUAAAUUAAUAAACCCGUAAAAUGUAAGCGUGCUCACUGACAAAAAUUACAAAGUAAAUGUGUCUUUAUUUGCACAUCACCGUGGUACAAAACUCUUAACCGAUUUUGAAAUUUUUUUUUACAAAGCCGACCGAAAUGUGACGUCAUAAGUGUAUUAGGAUAACGGAAACGUUUAAGUGCGGAAACCAGCCCAGAGAGAAAGAGAAGAAGAAGAAGAAGUGUAUUAGGGUUGUGGGUAUUCCCAUCGCAUCGUGGCCACAACGGUGGAUCCGCGCUUGCCGGCUGUACUCACGUGGGUGGUUAGUCGACGUUAGCCCGAGUAGUUUCGAAACCAUGCGGACUGUUGACAUGUCGAUGUCUGAGGUGGGAGGGAGUUCCUCUGAUAAACACAUAACCCU